AUGAAUCCGGCCCGCUCGGUAUCGCGACUGAGUCGCCUUCUCCCUCGCUCCUCCAUUGCGGCCGGUCUUCCCGCGGCAUCGCGCAGCUUCGCCAGCUCCAUUCCGUCAUUAUCGAAGGGCGCGAGCUCUCCGCGGGCAUGGACCCCUACGCCGUUCGUCACGGAGACUGUGGAACGAAUCAUCUGUUUAAACGGCGAAGUCGACGAAUCCAUGUCCGCGUCGAUCGUCGCGCAACUCCUCUUCCUCGAAGCCGAUAACCCCCAGAAGCCCAUCCACCUGUAUAUCAAUUCUCCGGGAGGAUCAGUCACGGCUGGUCUCGCAAUCUACGACACAAUGAGCUACAUCGCCUCCCCGGUCUCCACGAUCUGCGUCGGCCAAGCCGCCUCUAUGGGCUCGCUGCUUCUAUGUGGCGGCCACGCCGGAAAACGGUACUGCCUGCCACACUCGUCCAUCAUGAUGCACCAGCCGUCGGGCGGAUAUUUCGGACAGGCCAGCGACAUCGCCAUCCACGCGAAGGAGAUCCUGCGGGUGCGCGAGCAGCUGAAUAAGAUCUACAAGCGCCAUUUGACGGGCAAGAAGGAGAUGUCGCUAGAGGAGAUCGAGAAAUUGAUGGAGAGGGAUUAUUUCAUGGGGGCGCAGGAGGCGUUGGAGAUGGGGAUCGUGGAUGAGGUCUUGGGUCGGAGGGUUCAGGGGGAGAAGGAGUGA